ACCAGGGGGCGCUCUGGAUCCUCCCGGAAGCUGCAGGACGAAGAAGACACCGCAGAAGAAGAAGAGUCAGUAUUGUAAACACAAGGAUAUGGCUGACGAGAGGGGAGGAGGUGAAGACAACAUCAACGACAACAUGGGCAACCAGUUACAUCUUCUACCAGACAAUGAGGAAGAGGAGGAGGAAGAUGACAUGGAGACUGAGGACCGAGACAGUGAGGAUGCAGAGAAGCCCACCCUCAUCACCUUUGACCCCAGUCUCCCUACAUCACAUGCUUACCUGGGUUCCGACAUGGAGGAAUUUCACGGCCGUACAGUCCACGAUGAAGACAGCUGUCAGACCAUCCCUGUGCUGCCACACACAGCUGUGAUGCUGGUGCCAGGUCAGACGCUGCCUCUGCAGCUGUUCAGGCCGCAGGAGGUCAGCAUGAUGCGAAGCGUCAUCCAGAAAGACCGCACCUUUGCUGUGCUCGCACACAGUGAUGCAGCCGAGCCGGAGGCAGAGUUUGGGACAACAGCUGAAAUUUAUGCCUACCGAGAAGAGCAGGAAUAUGGGAUUGAAACUGUCAAAGUGAAAGCUGUGGGGAGGCAGAGGUUCAAGGUCCAUGAGAUAAGAACUCAAGCAGACGGGAUCAGACAAGCCAAAGUACAGAUCCUUCCAGAACGAAUCCUUCCAGAUCCCCUCUCUGCCGUGCAGCUAGCGCCCCUCUCCAGGCUCCACAUGCACCCCUCCUCCAAACCCCCGACUCAGAGCUGCAAACAGGCCCAGCGCUGGUGGCAUAACUACCAACAGAGGAAGUUUCACUGUGCCAAUCUGACGCCAUGGCCGCCCUGGGUCUACGCACUCUACGACUCUGAGUCGCUCAUGAACAGAGUGAAGAAACAGCUCCAUGAAUGGGACGAGAAUCUGAAGGACGACUCUCUCCCUACGAACGCCGUAGACUUUUCCUACAGAGUGGCGGCCUGUCUGCCCAUAGAUGACGUUCUGCGGCUCCAGCUGCUGAAGAUUGGCAGUGCCAUACAGAGACUUCGCUGUGAGCUGGACAUCAUGGACCGGUGCACGUCCCUGUGCUGUAAGCAGUGCACGGACACAGAAAUCACCACAAAAAAUGAGAUCUUCAGCUUGUCCCUGUACGGCCCCAUGGCUGCAUACGUAAACCCUCACGGUUACGUCCAUGAAACCCUGACUGUCUACAAAGCUAACAACCUCAACCUGGUCGGCAGGCCAUCCACACUGCACAGCUGGUUUCCAGGGUACGCCUGGACGAUUGCUCAGUGCCGAACCUGCGGGUCUCACAUGGGUUGGAAGUUCACAGCCGUCAAGAAGGACUUGUCUCCACCUCGUUUCUGGGGUCUGACCCGUUCAGCUAUGCUCCCCCGUAUCCCCCAGGGCGAGGUGGAGGAGGGGAGAGAGGGCUCUCGCCUCUUCUGCCUGUGACGUCGGACCAUCAGUUACCGUUAAAAAAAACCCCCAACAACCUGCAAACCCCCCCCAAGCCUGGAUCUUCAUGCAUUCUCUGGCUGCAAUUACUUUUAGUAAUCAAUGCAUCACACACCGCCUGUCACCCUUGGCAGUAAUUCCAUCAUAUUAGUGGAAAGGUCAGUAAGCCUUUAAAUGGCACUCUGAGGGCAAACUAGAGCAGGAUGGAGGUAGUGAUUGUUCUUAAAGGUCCUCGAGAGGUGGAGGCAGCAGCAGCUAGACGACUAAGUGCGUUGUGAUAAAGUGAGAAAGAAAUAGAGAAGAACAGAUUGACACGUAGCAUCUUAGCAUGCAGCUGAUCUGCACACCUGUCCAGCUGAUUCCUUGGUAGCUGAAGACGCACAAACACUAAAGUGUGUUGCAUAAUUUCCCUCCUUUCCUCUGUAUGAUGGAGAGUUUGACUGAAUGCAGUCGAGAUGGAGAUAUCGUUGGCAGAGUCAGCCACUUUAAUCUGUUGUAAAAACCAACCAGAUACUAUAAGUUCACUUUCAGCAUUCAGAUCCUUUCUCAGAUGUGUUUUCUGAUGUUAUUUCAAGCUGCCGUAGGUCAGUAGAGGGAAAUGAAAGUGCACUCCUGUAUGUGUAGAUUUGUCAGUAAAGGGGAUAUUUUGAAUCAUGGAAGUAAAUGGGUUGUAUUUUUGUAUGCAAGAAGAUUGGAAAAAGUAAUUUAACAUACUCAUCAUGUGUGUUUUUUAUUAUCACACCAGUUUUUUAUGCAAUAAACAAAAAAAACUGAGGUGACAAUAACAACAAUGAGUGAUAUACUGGAUAUAAUCAGUGUCUGUUUUCUAUUCAAAGAGGGCUCAUUGUCCUGUCAGAUGAUGUGCUUCAGGAAACAAGUGAGUGAAAAUCAAAGAUGUCUUGGUGCCUAAUGGAGGACUGUUUUUUUUAAAAAGGUUAAAGCUAAUUAACACAGAGAGUGAGAGGAUCAUUUACCCGUCUUCAUUUAGUUUGUUCAUGUUGUGUGGCACGUUAAAAAAAUGGUGUGCCUACGCCCCAGCUCAGUGUCUUUUGAUAAGUUUGAUGAAACCACAGAUGUGAAUGAAAGAUUGUAAAUGAUGAAAGUGAUUUAGAGAUUUAAUUAAAUGGGUUUUUUUUUUUGGUUUGUAGUGUCACAGUUUUCAGGAUUUUACUUCUUGCGAUUUUGUUGCAAGGUGCUGGCUCACGUUUGUAUAAAUGUAGCUGUACAUAAGAGGUAGUUGAAGCAUUUGUUGUGUAAUACACCUAGUGUUCUACUCGCAGAAUCUGACUCUUAUUUCACAUCAACAUAUCAGAGAAUUGUUUGGAAAUACAGUAAUCUUUUCAUCAGUAAGCAAAGUCAUUGAUCGCAAUAAGGAAUCAUUUCGAUUGUGAAGAUGUUGGUCUACCUAAUUUAAUGUUUUGGGAUAUUUUCAUAAAGGAGUAGUUUGAAAUUUUGGGAAAUAUGCCUAUUUGCUUUUUGCAAGAGUUAUAGGAGAAGAUAUAUACCGGUAUAAUGCUCUCAUGUCUUUCAGAUAUAUAUCAAGCUAACACCAGCAGCUGGUUAGCUUAGCUUAGCUUUUUACCUUUGGACAUUGUCAGCCUCGCUGUUUCCCUCCGUUUCCAGUCUUUAUGCUAAAUGAGGGAUAAUGUACAGCGAGCGGGUCAUUAUUGCCAAAUGAACCCUGACAUGGUGAGCAGUCUAGAAUCACCCUAAAGAGAUUCAUUCUGCAAUAAUGACACGCUUGCUGUACAUUAUCUUGCUUAUUACACAGCUACUUACUAAAGAAAUCAAUCAUUUGACACAAACUAUUGAUUCAAGAAUUAUUUUGUUUUAAAAAUGAUUUUAUUGCUUCCGCUGCUCGCUGUGUACGGAGAUCAGAACUGUGUCCAUAGCAACGGUCUGCUAUAUAGAAAUAACAGACCAUAGAUUGCCGUAAUUGACCAAUCAGAAUCGAGUAUUCAACAAAGCCGUGUAAUGAGCUAAGCUGACCAGCUGCUGGCUGUAGCUUCAUAUUUAGAUAUACAGAUAUGAGAGUGGUAUCUCGAUCUUGUCACAUAAUCUUCGGCAUUAAAGCAAAUUAGCGUAAUUCUAAAAAUCCUAACUUCUCGUUAAAGGGUGAUGGCUUUCAAUUUACAAAUGAUUAUUUGUUAUUUUCACGGCCUAAGUAUGAUGUCAAAUGGGUUUACAGUUCUGAGUUGCGUCGACAGUCUGUGAGGAAAUAACUUGACUUUGUGGUUUCAUGCAGAGCUUGUUUUUAAAUUACUCUUUUAUUUUUGUAGUCUUCCCUUAAAAGAGUACUCCACCGAUUUAACAUUGCACCCCUAAAACACUGUAGAACUCAAGAUGCACAUUUAAUUUUUUUAUUUUUUUUAUAAAAAUCGAUGCAGAAGAAGCAGAGAUGUCAUCUCUUUUAUUCCUUAUCAAAAUUUGCCGCCUACAUUAUCCACAAUGCAGCACGACCGCUGACAGUAGAGUGCUACAGGAAUAUUGUUGCCUUCAAAUGAAACUUGUGAGCUCGUUUUUACAACAUGGUCAGUCGCGUAGACAAUAUGUUUGGCGUUCAAGUGGUUAAAUCUGCUGCUAAGCAACGGCAAUAUUAAUGUUACUGUCAACAUCUAGAAGCCACAGAGGCAAACAGUUUAGCAAGCUAGCAAGUGGGUACAUAAUGCCGUAAAUACAAAGGCAUAAUGACAGAGGAAAAAGAUGAGGUCGUUGGGAAUAUCAACAUUUUCCUCGGAUAUAUUAUACAAUUCCGAAGAAUUACAAUAUACGACUAAAAUUACAAUAUAUUCACUUAUUAUGUACCAAAAAUGUUACUUCCAUGGCCUCCGCCAUUUCUGACAAGUCAACAAAAACGUCACAAGUUGUGAACUCGAAGCUUUCAGAAAAUUUCCACUUUCCUAAAACCAAGAAAUGAGAUAACAUUUUAGUACUUUUGGUUCCUUCGUCUGGAAGUCAAUGGGUUUUUAGUCAGAUGUCUGACAUAAGCUUAAGAGAUUCGUCAGUAAAUACCCCACUCAUGAAUUUUGAAGCUUUUACGUGUCUUUAAACAGUUGAUUGCUAACAGGUGGCCAAAUUAGGAGUACUAAAUGUCAUCACGCCGACUCGUCUGCCUUUACAGCCCCAUUGUUUAUACCCACGUUCAUGCGACCGUGGUGUAGUUUGUUUAUAGCCUUAUGUUAGCAUUUUGAUAGCACUCUGACGAUUGCAUUCACGCUUCAAAAUUCAUAGAAGUGGUGUUCAUUUGUAUAGAUUAUCUUGCUGAACAAAACGUGUACGUAUCAUAAACGUGUGUUUGCCACAGAGCUUAUUUUUUUGCAAAAAUCCAAUGGAAAAAUUGUCUUUCUGUCGAGGGAACCAGGGCCGUGCUAAACUUGUAGUCUUCAAUCGACACUGACUCAAGUGACAUCACCUUAUCAAUUUAUGAGACUUGACGCAGCUCCGUCUGGAGCCACACGAGGCAACUUGUUUCACAGUCGUACUCCCCAAGUCCUUGAGUUGAAUGUGUUAAAUCGGUGGAGUUCCCCUGAAUCAGAAAAUGUGAACUUCCUCAGAAAUGUGCCCGAAUUUCUCAAAUUGCAUUCACAUUUUAAAUCUUAUUUAUAAUUCUCUGCUGGACCCUUCAACAGUAUCAUAUCAUUUUGUGUCAUAGAGGAAAGGUUUUCACCCUGAGAAUAACAGGUAACAGGUAAAAAAAAAUGUAUUAUAUUCUCUGCAAAAUUGCUGAUUGAGUGUUCGCCAGGCUGUCAGCCUUUCAUUCACCUCCAACAAUAAUAUGGAUGCUUCACUGAAGAAGAAAUCAAUGGCCUGGUUCCAAAAAGGUCUCUGCUUGUUUUUCCCAUGACGUUCAGUGUACCACAGAGUUAAAUAAACAUGCAGUAAUCCUGUGACUGUUGACUGAUUUACAUGUUUCAGCAGAGAGUGCAUCAAGAGGCGUCAAUUUGAAUGAGUAUGUGUGUGUGUGUGUGUUCAUGUGUGUAAAAAGGUUGUAUGAUGUCAUCCUUGACUUUGUAAAUCUUCACAUCUUUAGGCAAAUGGACACGUGCCUUCAUUGUGUUUGUGUGCUUUAAUGUGUCUGACUCUGCAUAUAAUGAGUUUGAAUAGUAUUAAUCUUUCGUGCAGAUACAUGUGGGCAGAGGAUCAUUUAUAUGUUCGCACAGUGGGAGUCUAAUGAGAGGCGACCACGAGAGGAACCCUCCGAGAACAACAUUUAUAGUGUUGACGAGGGUUGGGACAUGAUGCAACAUAUGAAUUCUCAUUAUCUGAUAUCUAAAAUACUCCUGACAUGUUUUGUGGCAGUUGUUGUGUCUUUCUGCUUCUCUCCAGUAAAGUUGCUUUCUUGUG